CCAGUUCUCGUUCCUCGAACCUUGACAAAUACUUGAUGAUCUACGGAUUGGACGGCCUGAAUCCCCUUAGGCCGCCAGACCCCUUCCUCAUAUGUGACAAAAUGCCGUAUAAUAUCACGCCUCUCGCAUCAUGCCUAUUUUACCCUCGUCCGCCUCCUGUUCUCCCGCAGCACAUCUUGGAGCUACCCUUUGACAAGAUCAUGUGCCGGUAUAACAACCUCACAACAAUAGUUGAUAAUUACUUACGCUGGCAUGGACUACAAGUGUUCGGCUGGUGGACGAAGCAAGAUUUGGAGCUUGCUACUUCAGGGAAGAUGCCGGCAUUCGCAGAGGCACUAUCGGAUCGACCUGCGAUCCCACCAUAUAUCCUACAAACCCCUUUCGGUAUCGUCCUUCUAGGCGCCCCCGUGAUGUCUCAUUUAAUCGAAAGAUAUCAUAAGGAUCUGGGGUUCGACUACUUCGGCUUUUUCCUUAACGAUCCGAGGGUUAAAUUGAGCGAGCCCGAGCUUGAAACCGACGAGGGAUCAGAUGGAUCUGAUAUCUCAAUGGACAGUCUUUUCUAG